UGCGGGCGGGCCGGCGGCGCGGCGAGCGCGGGGGUGGCGGGCCCAGAGCGAGCAUGUAGCGGCCGCUGGCAGUGGGGCUCCCGGGGCGGGCCGCGGGGGCCGCACGCGGCGACAUGGAGGAGGAGGGCAAGAAGGGCAAGAAGCCUGGAAUUGUGUCGCCAUUUAAACGAGUAUUCCUAAAAGGUGAAAAGAGUAGAGAUAAGAAAGCCCAUGAGAAGGUGACAGAGAGACGCCCUCUGCACACUGUGGUGCUGGCAUUACCUGAGCGCGUCGAGCCAGACAGACUGCUGAGCGACUAUAUUGAGAAGGAGGUGAAGUAUUUAGGUCAGUUAACAUCCAUUCCCGGCUACCUGAACCCUUCCAGUAGGACGGAAAUCCUGCACUUCAUAGACAAAGCAAAGCGGUCCCACCAGCUUCCCGGGCACCUGACUCAGGAGCACGAUGCUGUGCUCAGCCUGUCUGCCUACAAUGUCAAGUUGGCCUGGAGGGACGGGGAGGACAUUAUCCUCAGGGUGCCCAUCCACGACAUCGCUGCUGUCUCCUAUGUCCGAGAUGAUGCUGCACACCUGGUGGUCCUGAAGACAGCCCAGGACCCAGGCAUCUCUCCCAGCCAGAGUCUGUGUGCAGAAAGUUCUAGAGGCCUCAGCGCAGGUUCUUUGUCAGAAAGUGCAGUGGGGCCAGUAGAGGCAUGUUGCCUGGUCAUCAUGGCCACAGAGAGCAAGGUCGCCGCCGAAGAGCUGUGCUCACUGCUCAGCCAGGUCUUCCAGAUUGUUUACACGGAGUCUACCAUCGACUUUCUGGACCGAGCAAUAUUUGAUGGGGCCUCCACACCUACCCACCACCUGUCACUGCACAGUGAUGACUCUUCCACAAAAGUGGACAUGAAGGACAGUUACGAUGCUGACGCCAGCACCUUCUGCUUCCAGGACUCUGGGGAUGUGGGAGGCCUGCCACCCUUACCCUUCUGCAUGCAGACAUCACCCCAUAGCAAGACUGUCAGUGAGAGUGAGCUGAGUACCAGCGCCACGGAACUGCUACAGGACUACAUGCUCACGUUACGUACCAAGCUGUCAUCACAGGAGAUCCAGCAGUUUGCAGCUCUGCUACAUGAGUACCGCAAUGGGGCCUCUAUCCAUGAGUUUUGCAUCAGCCUGCGGCAGCUCUAUGGGGACAGCCGCAAGUUCCUGCUGCUUGGUCUGAGGCCCUUCAUACCUGAGAAGGACAGUCAGCACUUUGAAAACUUCCUGGAGACCAUUGGCGUGAAAGACGGCCGUGGCAUCAUCACUGACAGCUUUGGCAGGCAUCGCCGUGCCCUGAGCACCACCUCCACAUCCACCACCAAUGGGAACAGGACCACAGGCAGCCCUGAUGACCGCUCUGCACCCUCAGAGGGGGAUGAGUGGGACCGCAUGAUUUCAGACAUCAGUAGUGAUAUUGAAGCGCUAGGCUGCAGCAUGGACCAGGACUCAGCGUGAAGGAGCGGAACAGCACACACUUGUCUCACACAGCCGUCCCAGGCCUUCCUAGGAGGAGUGCCCAGACCUGAGUGCCAGUCUUUCCCAGCUUGGAGCUAGGGAGGGGCUGCAGACAAAGGGAGCUCCGGUGGCCAGGUCCUCUACUGUGAAGGAGUGGAGAGCUGCCACAGGACAUGUGCCCCAACACAGGGCAGAAACCUCUGUGCCUAUUCCUCAGGGGCUCAGCAAUGCCUGUAGCAUAUCCCCACUCGGGGAGGGCCAGGUGCAGCUGGCAGGGAGAGCCAGUCCUGCCGGCCUGGCCCUGGACAGCUAAUAUUUGCACAUGACUUUUCCUCUUCUACUUCUCAGAGACCUUAAAAACAAGUUUACUGCAAUGUGAAUAAUUUAA